AUGCUUAAUGAAGAUGCCAAAAGGAGGGAUCAGAAGCAACAUAAACUCAAAGAAAUAAGACUUCUAAUAUUAGCUGAGUUAGAGAAUCAAUUAGGAAAAAAGAAGAAAGCACACAAAGAAAAGUUAACAUUCAUCCCACAGGAUGAAGUUCAAGAGGAUGAGGAUGAUUCAAAUGAUCUAGAUAAAAAAGUGCCUUGGCCGUUUGCAGAAUUUUCGGACGAAGAAUUAACAAAUAUAUUGUUAUCAGCUAAAAGUGAAAAAGAAGUCACAGAGAAAGAAUACAAGGCAGAAGACAAAGGAAGUCUAGAAUGGAAGGCAUUUAUAGAAUUUAAUUUUGAGAAAAAGGAAAUGUAUAAAGCUGGAAUAACUAAAGAGCGUGGCAAGGGGAUUUUAAAUGCAAUAGAUGAUAAUAGGUUUCUUAUAAGAGUAAAAUUCGUUAGAGACAAUUCUUCCUAUAGUGAAAGACAUAACUAUGCAUUUAAAAUCAUUGAUAAAUACCAGCCUAUUCAAAAAUCAAAGAGGGCUGGUAAGAAAUUCGUUUCAGAAGGUCCAAAUAUUAUCCUUAUAAAGAAAACAAAGCCAGGCUUCUGGGUAGGAAUUGACAAGAAAUUUUUAGUUAGGAUCAUUCAAGGUGAAAAAUUAUCAGAAUAUAUUGAACUUGAUGCAAUUACAGUUAUAUAUGGGUUGUAUUGGAUCUGGGAGCCAGAUACAAAAAGAGGAUAUGGUUUGACUAGUAUACGUAAGCAAAAAAUUAGCAUAUGGGAAAAAAGAAUGCGUCAAUCUGGUACUAGAGUAGAAGAUGUAGCAGAAUUGGAAAAAAAUACUUAA